AUGGAGGUGGUACAUUUUGUAGGAGCAGUUAUGGUGUUGUUUGAUGUUGUAAUGGUUGUGGAAUCUCCUGCAGAAAUAGAGGUGGAACAUUUUGUUGAUAUAGUUGCGGUGCUGAUCAAUGUUGUAAUGGUUGUGAAAUAUGCUACGGAAAUGGAAGUGGAACAUUUUGUCGGAGUAGUUGUGGUUUACCUCGUUGCUGCUGCAACACAGAGUUAUGAAACUGGUGAAGUGAUCGAUUGUGUAGACAUCUUCAAGCAACCCACUUUUGAUCAUCCACUUCUGAAGAAUUAUACCAUGCAGUUAAAAGUAGAAAUGAAUAGAGCAGUUCUAGGAGAAAAGUUGUUUCAAUAUUACAUGAUGUCUAAGAAAUUCAGGUUGUUCUAUAUGAGACCAAGAUCAAAUCGGAAAGCAAAUAGAGCGAGAUAUGUGGAACGUGGGCUCAGUCAAGCUUGGUGGAAAUAUGGUGAAUGCCCUGAAGGAACGAUCCCCAUCAAAAGACCACAAAAUCAUACCAAUCAUCAUGUUACACCGUUGACUCGACGCAUGAAGCGGCUCAAUUCGAGCAAGAAUGACGUCAAUUCAGAGGAUGGACACGAAUAUGCUAUAGUAUCUUUGACCGAUGGCAACUACAACGGAGCUCGUGCAACAAUUAAUUUGUGGAAUCCUACAGUAGUGGAUCCAGAUGCCAGUUUCUCUCAAAUUUGGCUCGCAGCAGGCCCCGAUGAGGAUCUUAAUACUGUAGAGGCCGGAUGGAUGGUUAAUAAAGGUGGGAGUUUUACCGGGCAAGCAGAGAUUUUCACAUACUGGACAAGUGAUGGCUAUAACAAAAGAGGCUGCUACAACGUCAAAUGCAAAGGAUUCGUGCAAACAGAUAAAGAUUUUGUACUAGGCUCUGCGAUUCAACCAGUUUCCACCUACGAUGGACAGCAACAUGACAUAAAAGUAGAGAUAAAGAAGGAUAUGUAUACUGGAUCGUGGGUGCUGAGCAUUUCGGACAUGGAAGUAGGAUUCUGGCCCGAGGAUCUCUUCACUCAUCUCAGAGGCCCAGCCGAUGCAAUUGAUUGGGGCGGAGAGACAGGCAAGAAAGUACCGGAUGGUAGGCCUACGUCAACGCAAAUGGGGAGUGGUCAUUUCCCUUCUGAAGGCUUUGGAAAGGCAUCCUAUUUCCGCAAUCUUAAAUUCCUCGACGACGAAUUCAAUGAGAGAGACCCGGAGAAUCUCAACACACAUGUGACAAGACCUGAAUGCUAUGACUUAGUGCUUAACGAGGACCCGCUCACUACAUAUGGAGUCAAUUUCUUUUAUGGGGGCCCCGGAAUUUCAGCUCAGUGUGCAAACUAG